UCAUGCACGUAUUCCAUGGGGGGGAGAGUAGGAAGGUUAAAAAGCCGCUCUUCCCGAUCGUCGACCCUGCCUAGUCUUGGCGUUUCGCUGUUGCUGCCGAUCGCUACAUCGUCUGUCUUCUGCCUUAAACAUCCUCUUGGUGUUUUAGUUAUUGCUGAACGAUGGCAACCAUAAGAGCGCUAAGGAAACUGUGCCAACUUGCUCAUCACCAGACGUGUAGUCUUCAUGUGUCCGCUUCAAGACAGGCAGCAGUUGUGAUCUCGGGCAGGAAGCUGGCGCGGCAGAUCCGGGAAGAGGCGCAGGCAGACGUGGAGGAAUGGGUCGCCGCCGGCAACCGACGGCCUCACCUCAGCGUGCUGCUAGUGGGGGACAACCCAGCCAGCCACUCGUACGUGCUCAACAAGACUAGAGCCGCAGCUGACGUGGGCAUCAGCAGUGAGACCAUCCUGAAGCCGUCCAGCACCAGCGAGGAGGAGCUGCUGGAUCUCAUCCACAAACUCAACUUUGAUCACAGAGUGGACGGCCUGCUGGUACAGCUGCCACUGCCUGAGCACAUCGAUGAGCGGCGUGUGUGUAACGCCGUGUGUCCUGAUAAAGACGUGGACGGCUUCCACGUGGUGAAUGUAGGCCGGAUGUGCCUGGAUCAGUCCACCAUGCUGCCCGCCACCCCCUGGGGAGUCAUGGAGAUCAUCAAGCGCACCGGUAUCCCCACGCUGGGGAAGAACGUGUUGGUGGCCGGACGCUCCAAGAAUGUCGGCAUGCCCAUCGCCAUGCUGUUGCACACAGACGGCAGUCACGAGAGGCCCGGUGGAGACGCCACGGUGACCAUCUCUCACCGCUACACUCCGAAGGAGCAGCUCCGGCAGCACACCCAAAUAGCAGACAUCAUCGUCGCUGCAGCCGGCAUUCCCAACCUCAUCACGGCGGACAUGAUCAAGGAGGGGGCUGCGGUGAUCGACGUGGGCAUCAACCGGAUACAAGACCCCGUGACCGGCAAGAACAGACUGGUGGGAGACGUGGACUUUGAAGGAGUGCGACAGAAGGCCAGCUUCAUCACCCCCGUGCCGGGUGGGGUGGGGCCUAUGACCGUAGCAAUGCUGAUGAAGAACACCAUCAAGGCAGCCAAGAACCUGCUGCUGACCCCCCCAGAGCGAGUGCGCAUGGUAGCCUCCUCCUAACUCCCCCCCCUCACACGACCCCUGACCCCUGGAACCCAGUCCACAUUCCAUCCAUCCCUGGCACCUGAUACGCAUCAGGAGUGACUGACUGGCAGGCAGAAAGGCAAUAGCUUUAACUUCUAUUUUUAUUCUCCAAACUAGUCCGACCCCCCAGUCAUGUCCAUGUUCUCACCUCUUACACAC